CAAGACCUCGUCAACCCCCGUCCACCUACGACCCCUCGCCAUCGCCGCUCCUUGGCAAAGACCCAUCAUCCCAGUGUCUCCUCACCACAUCACACGCUUCUCGACAGGCUCGUAGACUGACCACUGUCAUCUGCCAACGACUGGCCCACCCACCUUCGCUGUCUGCCUCUCCCAUCAGAUAGGAGGCGCGUUUGCAAAACUCGCCAGGGUGCCACAGCGUAAUAUUACCGUCCUCAGAAGCUACCCUCAGUCUCCCACUCCAAGCACCACUUCGGUAGUCUCGAAGACCCGCCAGAGACCUCACCAUGCCGUUGCUCAGGAGGAAAAAGGUGUCGGACGCUGGGCCAGCAGCUGGCGCAAGUGGCAGCGAUGCAGGGAGCAUAAAGGAAAAGAAGUCGCCCUUCGCAAAGAAGCCCUCCAACACUGCCUUCAAGCAGCAGCGACUGAAGGCAUGGCAGCCCAUUCUCACUCCACGAACCGUCCUUCCCACCCUGUUCCUCCUUGGCCUCGUCUUUGCGCCCAUUGGAGCCAUCCUCUACUACUAUUCCCAGACUGUCAGUGAACUGACAAUCGACUACACUGGCUGUUCAAGCCUGACUCGUGAUGCCGCCGUGCAAGCUAUACCUUCAGACAAGGUCUCAUACCAAUUACACGGAACCACCACAUCCAACUUCCAAGCGCCUCAGUGGCAGUAUGUCACCAAUGCGAGUGCUCCAAAUGGUGCGACAUGUCACGUCUUCUUUGCCAUUCCUGAGGACCUGGAGGCUAGCGUGUUCCUCUACUACAAGCUGACAAACUUCUACCAGAACCACCGGAGAUACAUCAAGAGUCUGGACUCACAGCAACUGCUCGGUCAGAAUCGUUCGGCUUCUGACCUCAACGAUGGAGAGUGCAAGCCUCUUGGAGAGCAGAAUGGCCUCGCAAUCUACCCUUGCGGUCUCAUUGCCAACUCAGUCUUCAAUGACACGUUCUCCGACCCAAUCCUUCUGAACAGCGCUUCAUCAUCAGAGACCAAUGUGACAUACGUGAUGUCCGAAAAUGGCAUUGUGUGGCCCGGCGAGAAGCUGAAGUACAAGCCCACUACGAUGCCAGCCAAUCUCCUCGUCCCUCCUCCCUACUGGCAAGGCGCGACAGGGCCCUUCGGAGUGCCCUCUGGACGCUACAGUGUUGACAACGUCUUUGAUCCUUCUGCCAAUGAGCACUUCAUGGUCUGGAUGAGAGUCUCGGGUCUGCCGACUUUCAGGAAGCUGUACAAGAGGAAUGACAACGACACCAUGGUCUCCGGCUUCUACCGUAUCGACAUCGAUGACAACUACCCUGUCAGCAUGUUUGGCGGCACCAAGAGUAUUGUUCUAUCCACUGUUUCGUGGGUAGGAGGCAGGAAUCCCUUCUUGGGACUUGCUUACAUCGUCGUCGCGGGUAUCCUCUUGGUCUUUGCUUUGGUCUUCACUGCCCACCACCUCAUCAGGCCCAGGAAGCUUGGCGAUAUGGCUUUGCUGAGCUGGAACCAAGAAGAGCGAUAGGCGACGUGCUCUCCUCAGCAGCACGCAACUGUCCCGCGCCCUGUCCCCCUAACCAUGCUUCUCUUGUGUCCUUUCUGGGCUUCCCUCGCAUUCUCUCCCACGUGUACAGAUUUGUUAUUCCUUUCGGAUAGCGGCUUUUGCUCUUCUGCCUACCAAUGAAACCUACCAUUAACUGUUCCUGCCAUGU